AUGGUGAUCUUGGCACUGUGGUUGGUGGCAGUCGCCCUGCUAGAGGUUAGGACUGCAGUCCGGGGACAAGCCAGAAGUGAUGGGGUGGUGCGAACCAGCAAGAUCGUUACGUUUUCCGGUGCCCGUUUUCAGGACGCAGCCUCAGUGACCAAGAGAUGGGGAGACUAUGAACUGGUGACUCCGGUCAGCACCAACCCCGAAGGCCGUUAUCUCUCCCACAUCCUGUCAUCCACGCCCAAGAAGAGGGCCCCCAGGGCCGUGACCCCCAGCUCCGAGCGACUGUUUUUCAACCUCACGGCGUUCGGCCGGGACUUCCACCUCCGGCUGAGGCCCAACGGCCUCCUGGUCGCUCCCGGGGCGAUGGUGGAGUGGCACGGAGGAGACCCCAGCCCUGCAAAUGGAAGCGGCUCCGAGGGGCUCUGGGAGCGGGAGCCCUUAAGGACCGACUGCGCCUAUGUCGGAGACGUCCCGGAUAUGCCGGGGACAUCGGUGGCCAUUAGCAACUGCGACGGUCUGGCCGGCAUGAUAAGAACGGAUAGCGAUGAAUAUUUCAUUGAGCCUCUGGAAAGAGGCAAGCAGAUGGAAGAAGAGAAAGGAAGGAUUCACGUGGUCUACAAGAGAUCAGCGAGAAAGCAAUCUUCCCCGGAGAGUAUCCCAGAUUUUAUCAGCCGAGAGUCCGAGCUGGGACGACUUGAUGACCUGGGCGCCGUUUUCAGCAACGUCGAGCGGGAACUCAACGAAACGCUGAGGCGACGACGGCACGCGGGUGAUAAUGACUACAACAUCGAAGUGCUACUAGGCGUGGAUGACUCCGUGGUCCGUUUCCAUGGCAAAGAGCACGUCCAAAACUACCUCCUCACCCUGAUGAACAUAGUGAAUGAGAUUUACCACGACGAAUCCCUUGGUGUGCAUAUAAACGUGGUCCUGGUGCGCUUAGUAAUGCUGGGCUAUGCAAAGUCCAUCAGCCUCAUAGAGCGAGGAAACCCCUCCAAAAGCCUGGAGAACGUAUGUCGCUGGGCCUGCCAACAGCAGAGGUCCGAUCCCAACCACGCUGAUCACCACGAUCACGCAAUUUUCCUGACCAGGCAAGAUUUUGGCCCUGCUGGGAUGCAAGGGUACGCUCCAGUCACGGGCAUGUGUCAUCCGGUGAGAAGCUGCACUUUGAACCACGAGGAUGGGUUUUCCUCCGCUUUUGUUGUGGCCCAUGAAACCGGCCACGUGCUGGGGAUGGAGCACGAUGGGCAGGGGAACCGGUGCGGAGAUGAGACGGCGAUGGGGAGCGUCAUGGCUCCCCUGGUGCAGGCGGCUUUCCAUCGCUACCACUGGUCCCGGUGCAGCGGCCAGGAGCUGAAACGAUACAUCCACUCCUACGACUGCCUCCUUGAUGAUCCCUUUGAACAUGAUUGGCCCAAGCUUCCCGAACUGCCUGGAAUCAAUUACUCCAUGGAUGAACAAUGCCGCUUCGAUUUCGGGGUCGGUUAUAAGAUGUGCACUGCGUUCCGGACUUUCGAUCCAUGCAAACAGCUGUGGUGUAGUCAUCCGGAUAAUCCCUACUUCUGCAAGACCAAGAAAGGCCCCCCAUUGGAUGGAACAGAGUGUGCCCCUGGGAAAUGGUGUUAUAAGGGACACUGCAUGUGGAAGAAUGCCAAUCAGCAGAAGCAGGACGGCAACUGGGGGUCCUGGACCAAGUUUGGCUCCUGCUCUCGGACGUGCGGCACCGGAGUCCGAUUCAGAACGCGCCAGUGCACCAACCCGAUGCCCCUCAACGGGGGUCAGGACUGCCCCGGGGUGAACUUUGAGUACCAGCUGUGCAACACGGAGGAAUGCCAGAAACGCUUCGAGGACUUCCGAGCCCAGCAGUGCCAGCAGCGCAACUCCCACUUCGAGUACCGCGACGGCAAGCACCACUGGCUGCCUUAUGAGCACCCCGACUCCAACAAGAGGUGCCAUCUCUACUGCCAAUCCAAAGGAACAGGAGACGUUGCUUAUAUGAAGCAGCUGGUGCACGAUGGGACUCGGUGCUCAUACAAAGACCCCUAUAGCAUAUGCGUGCGAGGAGAAUGUGUGAAAGUUGGCUGUGAUAAAGAAAUCGGCUCCAACAAGUUAGAAGAUAAGUGUGGCGUCUGUGAGGGGGACAAUUCCCACUGUCGGACCGUAAAAGGGACGUUUACCAGAACACCCAAGAAGCUUGGCUACCUUAAGAUGUUUGAUAUCCCCCCUGGUGCUAGACAUGUGAUAAUCCAAGAAGACGAGGCUUCUCCUCAUAUUCUUGCAAUUAAGAACCAGGCAACUGGACACUACAUUCUCAAUGGCAAAGGGGAGGAGCCCAGGUCUCGGAUGUUCAUUGAUCUCGGUGUGGAGUGGGAAUACAACGUAGAAGACGACAUUGAAACUCUACACACAGAUGGGCCCUUACACGAUCCUGUCAUUGUCCUGAUUAUUCCUCAGGAGAAUGACACAAAGUCUAGUCUGACCUACAAGUAUAUUAUCCAUGAGGACUCGGUGCCUACAAUCAAUAGCAACAACGUCAUUCAAGAGGAACUAGAUACUUUUGAAUGGGCUUUGAAGAGUUGGUCUCAAUGUUCCAAACCCUGUGGAGGAGGUUUCCAGUACACAAAGUACGGGUGUCGCCGGAAAAGCGACAACGCAAUGGUGCAUCGCAGCUUCUGUGAAGCCGACAAAAAGCCCAAGCCCAUCCGCAGAAUGUGCAAUCUCCAGGAAUGCACCCAGCCGCUUUGGAUCGCCGAAGAGUGGGAAUACUGUACCAAGACCUGCGGAAAUUCCGGCUAUCAGCUCCGCACCGUGCGCUGCCUUCAGCCCCUCCACGACGGGACCAACCGCUCCGUCCACAACAAGUUCUGUGUCGGGGAGCGGCCGGAGAGCCGCCGGGCCUGCAAUAGGGGGCCCUGUCCUGCCCAGUGGAAGACUGGACCUUGGAAUGAGUGCUCUGUCACCUGCGGAGAAGGCACUGAGAUGAGGCAAGUCAUCUGCCGGGCUGGGGACGAAUGCCGUGGAGAAAAACCCGAAUCCGUGAGGGCCUGCAAGCUCCCGCCCUGCACUGAUGAGUCGUGCUCAGGAGACAAAUCCAUCUUCUGCCAAAUGGAAGUGCUGGCCCGCUACUGCUCCAUCCCGGGCUACAACAAAUUAUGCUGCGAGUCUUGCAGCAAACGCAGUAGCACCCUCUCGCCCCCGUACCUCCCCGAAGCGGCGGAAACCAAAGACGAUGCCAUCUUCCACCCCAGCGACCUCCCCCGAGGCCCAGCGACACCGACGCCUCGCCGCACAGCGCCCGCCGCCCAGAAAAGGAAAGCCCCAGCUGGGAUUCUCCCCGCGGAAGAAGAAGCAAACGCGCGGAUGGCUUCCGGCGCGGACGGUAGACCCGGAGGGGCCCUCGCGCCUCAGAGGAGAGAUCGUGCUGAGGGAACCCAGACUUUUGGGCUCAUCCCCGGGCCCUCUCUGGCCUCCACCACGGACGACGGCCCUCACGGUUCCCCGCCCGCCGGGGGCCCCGUCCAGCCGGCUAUCGACGGUUCCACAGGUGCUUUAGCUCUCACCAGGACCUCCAGGGAGAAUGAGAAGGUCUCCGCUAACAGGAGGCGUCCUUCAAGGCCCUCCACCGUGGAAAGAUGAAAGCCAAUUUAGCCGGGCCAGAGACCGGAGAUGCUUCUGGACACCACGGUUCGUAUGCUGCUUUCUCCGAGGCAGACCUCCGCAGAUCAUCCGCUCGUUGGAAUUGUAAAUAGAAAAAUUAAAAAAAAAAAAAAGUGCUGGUUCACUUUCUCCUCCCUCCAUCCUCCGCCGCUGGUUUGCUUGCAUCGAUCGGAAGAAAGCGCCAAAGAUGUUCUCAGAAGGGAAUCAAGUCGCUGAGCAGAGACGGGACAGGAGGGCCGGAACCAGUUUUGCACAUCAGCUGAUUUUUUAUUUUUUAAAAAUCCGCAAGAGGAACCAAACGUUUACACUUCGACAAAGUUAUUUUUGAAAUGGAGCAAAAGGAUCUUUAAGACUUAUAUUCCUAUUUAUCUAUAGAAACGGAUAGCGUAUGAGUAAAUUUGUAGCUGUUGGGUAAAUACUGUAUAUUGCAGAAGUCAGUAUUAUUUUUAAGAGAUCCGUUUGGCCAAGCGGUUGUUUACUCUUUUACAUUUCUGGAUAUUCUAGGUGCUACAGUCGAGGACAACGUUAUUUACGUUCCCUAGGUUGGUUUGCAAACAGCAUUUUACAAAGCGAAGCUCCAUCUGAAUAUACAUUUGAGCUGGUGCUCGUAUGAGGUAUUUUGGUUGGAUCCACACUGGAUGCCGCCUUCGUAAACGACAACAGAAAAUGAAACCGCAGAUGUAUAGAUUUAAGCCUUCUCCUCGUUAGCCUCCGGCCGAAUGGUAGAGUGGGACGUUGAUGUGAAUACAUAGGUGCAGAUAGGGGAAAGCUUUAAGUAACUCUGAUCUGCUUCAUUUGAUAGCCUCACUGGUGCUGAGCAGAUUUCGUUCCAGAGCUUUCUUCUCAUUCAUAUUCCCGAUGAUGGGGAAGUAGCCAAAAGCAGCAGUCACACAAUAGACCCCACUUGCCAUAGCGUUGCCCAAGGAGAAAUAUUAUCUGGUAUGAUCUGUGCAUGUUUAACAGAGCUCAAAUUGGCAACAGUCCGAGGAGCUGUGGCAGAAACAAACAAAAUAAACAAAAAAGGAUUUGAUUUUAUCAUGUUGCCCAUAGGGCAGAGAGAGUUAUUUAUUCCCAGCAGGGUUUGCCUCAAAGUUUCCACAACCACGGUGCAUCUGACUGCAAUUGUUAAGUAGUAAUUUAUGUCAGUAAAAUCAUCCUGUUCACCCUAAGCCAGUGUAGCUCUCUCCUGGGAGUCGCUGGAAAGUACUUGUAUAUAGGACUCAGAAUGGAAGAUAUUUAUUAAAAGUUGAUUUCUUUUCUUGAUAGGAUUUUUAUGUACUAGAAAAUAUACACUAAUAGCAGUGACCGAUUUGAGUAAAAUAGAGAGACCAAAUUAGAGACCCUGGCCAUUGUGUCAGACAAAAAUUAGAACGACUGAUAAAUUGUCCGACUCAUUUUGAAAAGAAAUCCCCUGAAAAUGUUGAUGACGAAACAUUAGGUUUUUAGAGUAGUUAAUCUAUCAAGGCAUGAGAUUUUUUUCUCCCCCAUGAAAGGAGAUGUCCUUGAGAAAAGGAAAAUGAAAAAGUCGUAGCCCUCGCAAAGUAGGUUGAAAUAGAUUAGGCAUUCAUUAGGUACUGUUUGGAAUGAAGAAUGGGCAGUAUCCAAAACUGGCCUGGAACACAUUGAGAAGUCUAGAAUCUACCUGAAUUAACCCUGAAAACACAGAGUGUGCAAGACUUCUCUUGCUCAACAGCUGUUAUACACAACUUCACUAACGCAAUCAAUACCUCUCUAGAGUUACUGCUAUUUUAUGCAAGACUUUUGAUGGUCAAAUAAACUUAGUGAUUUAUGACUUGUAUGAAGACAAUCCCUGAACCUCAGACAGACAAAUAGGAUGUGCUUAUUUGUUUCUUAAAAUUUCCCAGAAAUAAAGUUCUCUCUAUCUCACUCUCGUGUGUACGUAGAGAUCUGUGUACAUACACACACACACCCCAUAAAAAUGAUGUGUAUAUUCUUUAGAAUUUUCAUCAUUUUGCUCUUUUCUACCAAACUCAUGCCUUUUUCUUCAAAGUGUACACUACU